AUGAGGGCUUCAGUUGUGGUUCGCCUCCUGGUCCUCCUCUUCGCCCUGGUCACCACCUGCAUGUUUCUUCGUACCUACAUCAGCGUCAGGAUGAAAACGAUCCGGCUGCCCCCAUGGCUGGGGGCAGCCCCCACCCCAGCCAUUCAGACUAAGCAAUCCAAGUGCAGCCUCAGCAAGCCCUGCCCAGCCAGCUACUUUGCAUUUAAAAUCUGCAGCGGAGCCGCCAAUGUUGUGGGGCCUUCCAUGUGCUUCGAAAACAAAGUGAUCAUGAGCCCUGUGAAAAACAACGUGGGCAGAGGCCUCAACAUCGCCCUGGUCAACGGGUCCACGGGGAUGAUGCUGAAGCACAGCUCCUUCGACAUGUACUCUGGAGAUAUCAACCUCUUGAUAAAAUUCCUUAAGGAAAUUCCAGAGGGCACGCUGGUGCUUGUGGCCUCCUAUGAUGACCCCGGGACCAAAAUGAAUGAUGAGACCAGAAACCUCUUCUCCAACUUGGGGAGCUCCUAUGCAGCGAAGCUCGGAUUCCGGGACAGCUGGGUCUUCAUAGGGGCCAAAAACCUCAAGAGUAAAACCCCUUUUGAGCAGUACUUAAAGAACAACCCGGAGACAAACAAGUACGAGGGAUGGCCGGAGCUGCUCGAGCUGGAGGGCUGUGUGCCCCAGAGGAUGCUUUAG